AGUGAUCAGUUCGUAUUGUACAGCCGCGACCGGCGGAUUAGUUGAGCUUUAGGAGUAGGAUCGCGCGUGAUUGGUUGUCCGUGUACAGCUCAAGUGAAUUUGUGAUCUGAAUAGCAAGUGGUGUGCUAAUAACAAUAAUAAACGGCCAUAGGUGACCGGUUGGAAGUGGCAGCGGGUCGUCCAAGUUAUUAUUAUUGGUGGGAUUUCCAAGUCUCUGAGAAAAAAUAAACAGUGAAAUUGUGACGAUAGGUGGUUCAAGUGAACAAGAUUAGAAUGGGGCACAUCCAGAUGUCCCAUCUGUGGGCAUUAUCACUAACGGUGAUACUUUCGGUGCUAGUGCUAGGCUGCAGUAGUGAAGGGUAUUACUCCGUUAUCGGCUCUAAAUUGCUGCGACCAAACUCAGAAUAUCACGUGUCCGUCAGUAAUCUGGACGUUCGUGAGCCGGUGCGGUUCAGAAUCACGUUGAACAACACCCAAACGGGGGUACCACUCGCCAGCGAAGAUGUUUCUCUGGGUCAAGGGGAAUCCCGGUUGAUUCCGUUUAGCAUUGGCGACAUAUCAGACAGUGAGUACAGCCUGAUCGCCGAGGGGUUAUCGGGGUUCACUUUCAAGAACGAAUCCACCUUGACGUUCCAAUCGAAAAGCUUCUCGGUGUUUGUGCAGACAGAUAAAGCAAUUUACAAGCCGGGCGAUACCGUUCGAUUCCGGGUAUUGGUACUGGAUCCCAACACGAAGCCCCUGCAAAAGGUGGACACUGUGAAGGUGCACAUCACGGACGGCAAGAACAAUCGCAUCAAGCAGUGGAACGAUGCCAAGCUGGUCAAGGGUGUCUUCGAGUCGGAGCUUGCUCUAUCCAGUGCACCAGUGCUGGGCAACUGGAUGAUCCAUAUUGACGCCUUGGGAACGAAACAAACACAAGCAUUUGAAGUGGACGAGUAUGUGCUGCCCAAGUUUGAAGUGAGUGUUGAGUCACCUGGUAUAACUACGCUGAAGGACGGAAAGGUCAAGGCGAUCGUACGGGCGAAAUACACCUACGGAAAGCCGGUGAAGGGCGAAGCUACCGUUUCGGCAUACCCGGACUUCCGUUUCCAUUAUGUGCAACCGUUCGAGCGUGAUGUGAUCACGAGAAAGACUGUCCCCAUCGAUGGCAAAGGAUCGGUGGAAUUUGAUCUUCGCGACGAGAUCAAACUACAAGGAGACUACACUAGAAGCAUUGUGAUCGAAGCGGUUGUGGAGGAAGAGUUAACCGGCCGUAAGCAGAAUGCAUCCUCGAAGGUUAAGAUUUACGAUAGAGCAUACAAUAUGGAGUUGGUUAAGAGUUCGGAGAAGUUCAAACCUGGACUGCCGUACACGGCAUGGCUCAAGGCUACCUACCAGGAUGGGGCGCCUGUUCAAGAUGAUACUAACCAGGUGAAGGUGGUCCAGGAAUUCGGUUGGCCAAAUCGUAACACCUCGGAACACACUUACAAGUUAGAUAAGAAUGGCAUGGCCAAGCUGAUUAUCGACACUGAAACUUCGUCGGACUCUAUCAGUUUUCGUGCUGAAUAUCUAGGAGCUACAUUUUACCUGGGUUCGAUCUCGCAGGGCUGGGUCAAGUACAAGGCUUACGUUCGGGCUAAGGUUUUAACAGAGAUUCCAACCAUCAACAAGGACGUUACGGUUGACGUCUCCUCUACGGUUCCAAUGAAGUAUAUCAAUUAUCAGGUUCUUGGUCGCGGGGAUGUCAUUGUUGGCGGAACUAUUCCGGUUCCUGAUCGUAUGAGUCAUACGUUCCGUUUCCCAGCCAGUUUCGCAAUGGUACCGAGAGCUCGCUUGAUUAUCUAUUUCAUCCACACCGAUGGGCAGAUGAUUAGUGAUUACGUUGAAAUCGAAUUUGCCAGCGAGUUGCAAAACUUCCUGAAAGUGUCGCUGUCAAAGACGGAAUCCAAACCCGGGCAGGAUGUGGAUAUUACAAUCAGCACAAAUCCGGACUCGUAUGUUGGUUUGCUUGGCGUAGAUCAGAGCGUGCUGUUGCUGAAGAGUGGAAACGACCUUACAACCGGUAAGGUGUUUGAUGAUCUGAAAACAUACGAGGAGGCCAGCUACGGGGCAUACCGCAAGAAGCGCUUUGCCCCAUGGAGGCGUCAAAGCUACUACGACGAUUUCAAUGACGCUGGAGCAAUUAUCAUGACCAAUGCCAAUGAACAGCCACCAAAUGAUACCGCCAGCCGGCUGCCUCCGAUCACGUACAAGGUACAGCGGGCUCCGGACGGAACUCCGCUGUACACGGUGAUUGAGAAGAAUCCCCGCUUCCUGCCGGUGCACGAGUUCAAAACCAACACUCGACCACCGCUGGCCGGGCCGUUCGCGUUCAGUCGCAUCCCGCGGCCCCAUCGGGACAUUCCACGGGUGUUCCUUUCCCGCGAAAUUGCCGACACCUGGUUGUUUGAGAAUGCCUACUCGGGUUUCUCGGGUGAAAAGACCAUCACCAAAAAAGUUCCCGAUACCAUCACCUCCUGGAUAAUAACUGGCUUUUCGGUGAGCCCAGUUUACGGACUUGGUUUGACCCGACAGCCGAGGAAGCUAAACGUCUUCCUGCCGUUCUUCGUAUCCACCAAUCUACCGUACUCGGUCAAACGAGGCGAGGUCGUGUCGAUUCCGAUCGUGAUCUUCAACUACAUGGAAUCGGAUCAAACGGCCGAUGUGACCUUCCACAACACCGAGCAGGAGUUUGAGUUUACCGACGUGGAGAAUGAGGUUCAUGAAAAUGCUAAGCUAGAACUGUUCCGCAAAAAGAGCAUCCACAUUCCAUCCAACAGCGGUAAAACGAUUCCGUUCAUGAUCAAACCAACUAAGCUGGGUCACAUUACAAUCAAGGUUACGGCCACUACCCCGCUGGCAGGAGAUGGCGUUGAGCGUCAGCUGCUCGUAGAACCAGAAGGACUUCCGCAGUACGUUAACAAGGCGUCAUUUGUCGAUCUGCGUGCUACACCGGAGGUGAACAACAAUUUCACGGUGGAGAUACCGAAGAAUGCCGUUCCGGACUCAACGCGUGUUGAAAUUGCCGUUAUCGGUGAUGUCCUGGGGUCAACCAUCCAAAAUCUGGACUCACUCAUCCGCAUGCCAUACGGAUGCGGAGAACAGAACAUGCUGAACUUCGUACCGAACAUUGUCGUUCUGGAUUAUCUGAAGAACACCAACCAGCUUACGGCAAACAUCGAAGGAAAGGCGAAAAAGUUCAUGGAAGCUGGCUAUCAACGGGAGCUCACCUACAAACAUGACGACGGAUCGUUCAGUGCUUUCGGAAAAUCUGAUCCCAAGGGUAGUACCUGGUUGACUGCGUUCGUUGCUCGUUCGUUCAAGCAAGCUGCCGAACACAUUAGCGUAGACGAGAAAAUUAUCGACAAGUCUCUGGAGUGGCUCAGUGAUCAGCAGUCUCCCAACGGAAGCUUCCCGGAGGUCGGUAAAGUUUCACACACGGAUAUGCAAGGUGGAUCCGGUCAGGGAAUCGCUUUGACUGCCUACACGCUGAUUGCGUUCCUGGAGAACAAAAAUCUUAUCACCAAAUACCAAAACGUCAUCAACAAAGCUCUGGACUACAUCGUUCGGAAUACGGAAGGGUUGGACGAUAACUACGCUCUGGCAAUUGCGGCGUACGCCUUGCAGCUGGCUGAUCAUAGCAACAAAGACUACACUCUAUCUCUACUGGACACGAAGGCCACAACCGAUGAUGAUCAAAAAUGGUGGAACAAGCCAAUUCCGGAAGCCGAUAAGAAGAAUCCUUGGUAUGGCAAGCCGAAUUCCGUCAAUGUUGAAAUGUCCGCUUAUGGAAUGCUGGCUUUCCUCGAAGCAGGACUGGACAGUGAUGCCCUGCCGAUCAUGAAGUGGUUGAUCGGGCAACGUAACGACAAGGGUGGAUUCCAGUCCACCCAGGAUACCGUCGUAGGUCUACAGGCACUGGCCAAGUUGGCCGCGAAGAUUACUUCCAAAAACAACGACGUCACCAUCGUUGUCACAUACAACGACAACCAACAGAAGGAAAUGAAGGUCAACACGGAGAACAACAUGAUCUUGCAGAAGUUUGAACUACCACCGUCGGCGAAGGACAUUGACAUCAAGGCAACUGGAAAGGGAUUCGCCAUUGUUUCGUUGGGCUACAAGUACAACAUGAAUGUCACCGGAGAGUGGCCGAGGUUCGUACUGGAUCCUCAGGUAAACAAGAACUCCAACCAGGACUAUUUGCAUCUCACUGUGUGCACGAACUUCGUUCCAACGACCGGACAGAACAAAUCCAACAUGGCCGUCAUGGAAGUGGGCUUCCCCAGCGGUUUCACCGCCGAUUCGGACACACUUCCCUCGCUGGAGAAUAUGGAAUACAUUAAGAAAGUGGAGUUGAAGGACGGCGACACGAUCGUUGUGAUGUACUUCGAUAGCUUAGACCGUAACGAACUGUGCCCAACGGUUUCCGCUUUCCGAACGCAUAAGGUCGCCAAGCAGAAGCCUGCCCCGGUUGUUAUCUACGACUAUUAUGAUAACUCUCGUAUCGCCCGGCAGUUCUACAAUGGACCCGUCGCCGGACUUUGUGACAUCUGCGAGGAUGAGGAUUGUGGUAAUUCCUGUGCGAUCCGUUCACAGAAGCAACGAUCGCCAAAGGAAGCGGCGAAAGAGGAAGGAUCGAUUGGAGCGGCUGGUACCUUUGGGGCCGCUACUUUAGGUCUGCAACUGAUGGUGGCUGCACUGUUGAUGAAGCUGUUCAACUAAAGGUUUAGCUGGGCAACGAAAUGGGCCGCUGUGAGUGGAUGUAACUUGCAAUAAUCUUGCUAGAGUGGAGUAAUAGCUGUGUGUACCUAGUGGAAGAUUAUUGUGAUUUGAUCUUUAUUUUUAGGAAUUUGCUCCAAAAUUUUAGCAGUAAAAUAAACUAUGAAAA